CCCCUCCAUUUCGUUCUUCCCGGAUCAACUUGGUUUAUGGCCGAACUGAGACCCGAACGUCACAGGUCUGGAAAUUGGAGUCUUCCCGCGCCAUGGCGUUGGGCCGUGGAGCGGAGAUUCCGGUGAACCCCCACGUGAGCAAAUUCGGAGUUGGCAUCUCAUGGGACAAAGGACCCAAGGCCGUGGAUGUGGAUCUGCAAGCGGUGAUUGUAGAUGACAAAGGGGUCAUCAUUGAUGCGGUUUACUACAACAAUAUGAAGGCUUUGCGGUGUAUCACACAUUCUGGAGAUGAACAAACUGGGGAGAGAGCUGGCUUGGAUGAAACCAUUUGGAUCACGAUGCCACGGAUUCCACAGCAGGUGAAAUCGGUGAUCUUUGUGGUGGCAGCCCACAAUCGUGGCCAUUUGCGAGAUGUUUCCAAUGGAGUGAUCCAUGUGCUGGAGGAUACGAUGCAGAAUGAAGUGGCAUCCUAUCGAAUGGAGGAGAGCCCUCAUGAAGUGGAUGCAGUCUUAAUGAUGGUGAAAUCUGACCAGGGAGAUUGGAAUCUGCGAGUGCUUGAUUCGCCUGCUCAACCAGGACGGCAUUUCAUGGAUAUCUUAGAACCAACCCUUGGAAAUUUGAUCCGGGGGAUCCUACCUGGUGCCCCGAAGCGGCAGAAGGUGGCCUUCGCCAUGGAGAAGGGUGCCGUCGUCGACCUUCCACAAGCAUCCAGCCUGGGCAUGGUGACCGCUGGCCUUGGCUGGGACGUGGCACGUGGUUCGGACAUCGACUUGGAUGUCUCUGUGGUCUUCUUUGGGAAGGACUUCCAAGAGGUGGGCGCUGUGUUCUUCGGCAACACCGAGCAAUUUGGCGUCCAGCAUAGCGGUGAUAAUCUCACAGGUGAGGGCAGCGGAGAUGAUGAAGUCAUCAAAGUGAACCUGGCAAAGAUUCCAGACACGGUUGCACAGAUGAUUUUCAGUGUCAACAUUUACACUCCCAAUGUGACUUUUGACCAGGUGGCCAAUGCCUACUGUCGCGUUUGCGGUGAGGAUGGCUCUGAGUUGGCACGCUACGUGCUCCGGGAGGCACGGGGCGAGACGGGAUUGCUGAUCGCACGCCUCUUCCGCGAACCGGGAGAUCGUUGGGGCUUCCAGGCCAUCGGAAACUUCUGCCGCGGCCGGACCUAUAAGGAUUCCUUGCGAGACAUGGCGCCCUUGGUGCGCCAAUCGGCGCGCGACAUCCAGAAGAUUUCCAUGGCCUCCACCGUGGAGUGGGGCGGAAGCGCGUCCUCCGCUCCGCGAGGGAGCCAUGAGAGGCCCAUCAUUGCGACCGUCGUGGAGCCUGUGAAGAAGCCAAAUGAGUGCUGCUUGCAGUGAUGAAGUGAAUUCGCUCCAAUCAUCUAGCUGGAUGGCAGCCAUGAGAGCUGUCGUUCCAAAGAGGUGGUGGAGAAAA